GUUGUCAAUCGGAUGCCAUAAAUUUUGGUCCCACACACUGAUAAGCUCACCGAAUCCCGAACCUUCUUAUCGAAGCUCACCGAGGCGGCACGUCACGCGUCGAACUUACACCCUUGAGUUGAGCUGUCGUCGAUCAUCCUUUGUGUCGCUUGGUCCUUUUUUCUUCUUUUCUUUUUUCGAGAUCGUCACUCUUGGUUUGGCUCUCUUGGAAGCCCUCGCCUCCCAUUGCACAAGCUCAAUUCAUCAACUUAUCAUUACAAUGACUCUUAUAUGCAACUCGUGCUCUUCAUCUUCUAAGCAUUGUUCUUGCGCUGGUCGGCAAGAAGGUCCAACCCAGGAGACAGGCGCACCCAUUGAAACCUGCAAGGUUGGCGAUGCCGAGUACCUAAUCCAUCCUCAAAUAUUGGCCGCUAUCCAGGCAGAUAUCAAGCCCAGCGCUCUCAUCCCAGUCACCCUGCUCAACACAGAUGAGAUCUUCAACGACAGACUUGAACAAAUCCUGAACGAAUUUGACGCCACUGAUGAUGUGUUUCGACCGGAGUUUGGUUCGGUCCUUGUUGAGAAGCCAACGUCAUCUUCACUCGUGGAAGAUGGCAUUGCUACUCGACGGAGUACCUUUCAGCAAGCCAAGUACUCCAAAACGCUGUACGCGCUUCGAUGUCCGGGAGCCCGCUCGCUUGCGGACUUGAAAGAGCUUCCUUCAGGUCCUUAUUUCCUCCGAGGCCCCAACAUACACGCAGCGUAUGCUCUUCACGUUGACACGUACCAGGCCUUCACCAGGGGCUUGAUCCCAGAUGAUGUUUUCCAACCGCAAAGAUACCAAGAAUUCACCCUCCUGGCUCAAGGUGGUCUGUUUGCUUCGAUCGCUGUGCCGUCGACUCUGUAUUUUCGAAAGGACAAAGGCGGCCUGCGUGGUGUCCGGAUCUCCAUCAGCGAGUCGAUGAGGCUAGAAGGGGUGCGCGAAAGUUUUGCCAACAGAGACUACACACUGUUUAACCGCAUCAGCGCCGAGACCAAUGCUAUGGCCCAGCACCUAAUCGAUUUAGGGGCGGUCAUUGUAGGUCAGACAAAAGUCCCCGAGCUUCUGGCUGGCGGUUGGGAGGACUCAACCAAGCCCUGGAACCCUCGCGGUGACCAGCUCCAGGAUUCUGGGGCUGGAUCGUCAGGAGCAGCAGUUGCUGUUGCAGGCUACGACUGGAUUCGAAUGGCCUUCGCCGUCGACUCAUUCGGUGGAUUGCGAAUCCCAGCUGCCCGAAACGGAGCUUAUGCUGUACGCACAUCCUCUGACCGGCAAUCUCAGGGUGACCAGCUGUUCAACGAUGACCUAGAUGGCUAUGGGGUAGCAGCAAGAUCCUGUGCGGAUCUGCAGCUUGCCUCCUCUGCCAUUAGCCAAAACACGAUGCCCAGAAGUCUCAUGCAGAGCUCCAGGUCUCAGAUGGCCACCAGGGUCAUCAGUCUAGACUGGGGCACCACGGGCGAAGACAUGUUUUCUCCAGAGCAAAGAAACUGCUUAGAGCAACUGUAUCGGAAGAUACGCCGGGUACUCAACGUCCAAGUCGAAUCCAUGAAUCUGGAAGAAGAAUGGCAACGCCACAAGCCUGCAGGCCCAGGCCUGCUAGAACAAGUCGGUGUUGCGCCAUAUAAACUCCUGAGCAGAACCUGGAGGCACUACUUUGACGGUUUCUGGGCGUACUACAAACGGUGGUAUGGCCGAGAACCGUUCUCUGACCUUCAGACUCGACGAUCGCGUGACCUGGGCCAUCUUGGUGGGGAGGAAGCGACUUGCCUUCGCAACGACCUGAUCGCCUUCAGGCACUGGUUUCGAAAGCUUGUCGAAGCGAAGAGUAUGAAUGCAAAUGAGCGCACUCUCGUCAUAUUUCCUGACGUUGUUGUUGAGCCCACCGACCGACGGCAUGAGUCUACACCGGAUCCAGAGACUCUAACCUACUCACAAUUCCUCACUCAUUGGUUGUCACCAAUCACGAGAUGUUCGCAAGUAGUGGUUCCCUUUUCCCAAAUCGAGACAUCGCUAGAGAGCAAUCCUGAGAUCAAAGAAUGGGCGCUACCGGUGACAGUGUCACUCCUAUCAACGAGCGAUGCGAGCGAUCUUCUGGAGAGCGUGCAGGGCAUCAUCGAUUGCUGCACGUCCGAGGUGCAGACGGGCGAAUGGACCUUUCCUCAAGACUUAGUCUCCCAGUGAAGAUAGGACAGCGAAAGCGUGGUGCGGGUAAAGACGAUUGUCAGACUCGUCUCAACGUCGCUGUCAAGUUGAUUCGGGUACUGCAAAUGCCUAGACAUCAACCGCCUUGUUCGUGAUGAAUCAUCCUCACUGGUUUGCAGGUGAUCGACCAGGUCUAGAGCACAAUGCUGUCAUCAGAAUCCGUGCAACAUAGUGUUCCUUGUUUGUACGUGGGAAACCACACAAAGCCCAUUUCUUAUCGCAAACAGGGAUCGCCCAGUCGUGGAUGGUGGGGAAUUGGGAGUCCAGAACUAUCUUUUUUCUUGGGCAUACCUUGGGCAGCAGCAUUGCCAGUGACCAGUCUGUCCUAUCCCAUGACACGCCGCACUAUCGUGGGCUCGCUGUCCGAUUUCCGCAGCUUGACAGACUGGAUGUCCGAGGCGGUGACGGUCAAACAACCAGCCUGGACUUGGUGAAUUGUGGGACAA